UACCCGACGCCCUGCAUGUGCAAAUGGAGCAGAAAACCAGCUGAACGUUCGAUCUCGCGUCGGAUUAUUUACAGCAAAAUGGUUUGGCUCUUUGAAAGACUGUAUGCUAUAUUUUGGAGUGAAUGGUUUUGGCUUCCAAGAAAUACUACAUGGGACAUACUGAAAAAUAAACCGGGUAGUGGUAAAUACUUCCCAGAGACAAAGGACUUGUUGGUUGCCGUCGGAGUAGCACUAGCGCUCUAUGUGUUUCGGCUGCUCUAUGAAAAGUUCGUUGUAUUACCAUUUGGACUUCUGUGUGGAUUAAAAAAUGAUAAACCUAGAAGAGCACCUACAAAUGAUGUCUUGGAAAAGGAGUACGGACAUAAAAAGAAUCCAGAUUACACACAGAUACAGAGCUAUGCAAAGCGUACAGACAUGGAAGAAAGGCAGGUGGAACGUUGGUUCAGAUUACGUAGAAAUCAAGAUAGACCAACUAUUAUGAAAAAAUUUACAGAAACAGGAUGGAGAUUUACAUACUAUUUUGGAAUAUUUAUAUAUGGCCUUACAGUUCUAUGGGAUAAACCAUGGUUAUGGGACUCCAGACAUUGUUGGUAUGGUUUUCCAGAACAUAAUAUAGACACAGCAAUAUACUGGUACUACAUUAUAGAACUAGGAUUUUACCUCUCACUUAUGUUUUCACAAUUUCUAGAUGUUAAAAGAAAGGAUUUUGUAGAAAUGUUUAUACAUCACAUAGCUACAGUAUCAUUAUUAAGUUUUUCAUACCUUGGCAACUUUUUACGAGUGGGAACUCUAGUGUUGUGUAUACAUGACUGUGCUGACUUCUGGAUAGAGGGUGCAAAGUUGGCGAAAUAUGUAAAAGCCCAUAGGCUCUGUGAUAUUCUGUUCGCUGUAUUUGCUGUUGUCUGGUUUGUUACCAGACUGGUGUGUUACCCACUCAAGGUUUUAAAUGCAACUUGGAACCAAAGCAAUGAAAUUAUGGGAUUCUGGCCGUCGCUGAUUUUCUUCAAUGGCUGGCUAUGCCUUCUUCUCAUUCUGCAUACGUAUUGGUUCUCCUUGAUAGUACGAGUCGCCUACUCCGCCCUCACCAAGAAAUCAGAGUUUGCAGGGAGAUGUGGCUCUUCAGAGGUUGAUGAUGUACGAAGUUCCUCAGAGGAGCCGGUGUCUGACGAGCCGGAACAAAAUCAUGUCGGAAAUAACAUCGCUAAUCACAAUCAUACAAAAUCCGGUUGAACGGGGAAAAAUACUACUGUGAUUUCAUCCAUCUUCGCUAUCAGAGGUCAAGGACAAGUUUUCAAGAUGACCUUGGGAAAAGGUCAAAAGUUCAGGAAGAAAGAUGUAGUCAUAAGAUAAUAAAUAUGUUAUAGUCUUUGUAUCAAAAAGAAGUGAACUUAAAAAUAUGUGUACAUGUGAAAAUAGUAUUGACUUAACAGCGCAAAAGCAUGACAUAAAUUUGUUGCCUCAACAACAAAAGCAAAACAUUUUUACCUAUACAAAGGAGAAAAUAUAGGUUUAGUGUGGAGGUAACAAGUUUACAGGUACAAUCAUUUAUCAUUAAGGAUCUUCAUAUCUCAAAAGAAGAAGUUUAUUUUCAUUUUAUUCAUAGAUAUAAAGCAGACAGAUUUACUUUCUGCUGUUUUUCUAAAAAAAAGUCUGCCUCAUUAGUUUUUGCAGCUUGACAAGAAUUUAUGUCAAAUUUUUUUAUAGAUGUAAAGGUAUAUUUCGUAAGUAGUAGACCUGGUGCCUAUUAGACCUAUUCUGCUGUAAAGUUGCCAUUUUAUUGCCUAAGUAUUUACAAAAGAACAAACUCGAGUUCCAUAACUUGUUAUCCAGUUUAUAUUUGUGCCUAGGUUAUGGAAUGUCCUGAUAAUAGAAGACAGUCGUAUAGCAAAAAAGUAUAUGUCCCCCCCCCCCCCCCCCCCCCCAAUCCUGAGCAUAAAAUUCCCAAAUGAUUGUUAACUAUUGGGGUUUUUGCUGUUUUAUAAUAGUUCUUCAGCUUUGUUUAUUUUGGUUAAGUACAUACAACAGUUAUAAUACACUGUUGAACUAAUAUUAAAAUGCAAUCUCACUUACGUAAAUAUUUAAAUAUUGCACACAUAAAUAUCUUUAUGUACAUUAUUAUUAAGAUGGUAUCUGAGAGCAUAUUCCUAAUUCCACUAGUGUUGCUGGCAUUGCCGAAAUGAUGAAAAUAAGGUCUUAUAUAAAAGGUAGUUUUAAAGCCUAUCAUUUAAGAUGAGAAAAUAUAUUUCCCUUACAUAAGGAAAAUUAUGGGAACUUAUGAGUAAGUGUAUUCCUUUAAAGUUUUCAACUUCCUUCCCGGCAUUUCUAUAUACAAAGAUUUUGCCUGAUUCUUUUCACAGAGUGCAAACAUAAAUGGUAGAAGUAGUUGUUUAGUACUGAAGGUAGCCAUACAAAUUUUAGAGCCAUGGGUUUUCUGCUUUAUUACAAAGUACAUUGACUGACACCAUAUCACAUAAUGCAGUUUGCUUCUAAUGAACUUUUUAUAUAUUCCUUGCUCAAUUUGAAACACAGAACGGCUAUAAACAAUAUAAACUGGAUAGUGAGUAAAGGAAAACAUUCAUUUCUCAUUUAAAUUCAUCUCCACUUCAUCAAUAUGUAUAUGAGCCGUGCCACGGGAAAACCAACAUAGUGGGUAUGCGACCAGCAUGGAUCCAGACCAGCCUGCGCAUCCGCGCAGUCUGGUCAGGCUCCAUGCUGUUCGCUAAUAGUUUCUCCAAUUCCAAUAGGCUUUAAAAGCGAACAGCAUGGAGCCUGACCAGACUGCGCGGAUGCGCAGGCUGGUCUGGAUCCAUGCUGGUCGCAUACCCACUAUGUUGGUUUUCCCAUGGCACGGCUCAUAUAAGAGUUUUUCUUGAUAGAAAUUAUGGUCAUAUGAAGUGCAUGUUUCAUGGGAGUAAUGGCAUUUCAAAACUAGAUGUUUUUGUAUUGUGUACAAAUAACUUUGGUUGUUUCUAAUGUCAUGAAAACAGCGCCUUAUAUCGAAUUAAGUGUGAAUUAUGUCUCCCACUACAUAAUGGUGUGGGAGAUGUAUUGAUUUACUUCUGUCUGAGUGUCUGUCACAAAUCUUGUCCGCACUUUAAAUCGAACAUUUCUCAUCCGAUCUUCAUCAAACUUAAACAAAAUGUGUUUGCCAAUAAGUCCUUGGCCAAGUGCGAUAACUAGCCAAAUCGGCCCAGGCACUUCAGAACUAUGGCCCUUGAAACAUUUUUUUUUUGAUAAUCAAAGCACUCAAAGUCUGAUAAGGCAGUUGAGGUCUUGGUGCGUGGUUGACUCAUAUACUACUAUUCAGAUGAUUAGGCAGUUUUGGGAGACAUGCGCUUUUCUCAAAAGCAGCUCUAGUUUUUUUGCUGUGUUUGUUUCAGUGCAAUAUCGACAGGCUUUUAAUUAAAGAACUUCUUUUCAAGUAUCUGUUUGAUAUGCGUGGGUUGGUCUAAUUGAUGUUUUUUGUAUGUGUGUGUGUGGUUUUUUUUCCCCACAUACUUCAGUUACCAUUUCACUCUGUCAUGAUGUAUUAUAAAAAUCCAGUUUAAAGAAGUUUUAAUAUAAUCCACUCAGAAGUAAUCUAUCAGAAAAUGAAGAAUAAGACAAAUCUGUAAUAUUAGAAAAAAAAAGAAAAAGAAUGAUGUCUAUAUCAGUGGUGCGGCCAGGCCAGUAAUGACUUUUUCAGAUCUCUCAAUAUACAUGAUACUUUGUGAUAAAUUGACCAAAGAUAUUACAUAUUGCAGUCAUUUGUUCGCAAUCUGCCUGUGUCUGUUGCCCAAUCAGUGGAGUCUGUUGCCCUUAGAAUUAAAUGGAGCUUUGAUAGUGCUUGGUAUGCAUGCUGCAGAAUUAAGAGUGGACAUAUUUAAGAAAAUUGAUAAAUUCCCUUCAGUAUACAAGUUUGUCCAAAAUGUUAUUGAAACUGUAUUACCUGUAUGUAUAAAAAAAAACAAGGUAUACAUUCCUUAUUUCUGACACUAUUAAAGCAUAAAAAUGUUGGUUAAGGAAUAGAGGGGCAAGUAUUAUGAAGUCUUGAUUCCUAUGUAUAAUUGAUUCAGGACCAAAAAUAUUGAAUGUAAAGGAGUGUCUUUCAUAUUAACUUUUUUUUGGAAAUACAAAAUUGAAGGGAAAAACAGGUUUUGUUCUUCCAAAAAAGGUAAAUAAACUCAUUCAAUUUGUAUUUUCUCUCGUUUAAAACCAUUUGACCUUAAGGUCAGCACUUAUACUGGAUUAAAUUUGACCUUUCAAUUAAUAAAUUUCAUAUUAUUACUAGUUUCUGACAGUUUUGUGUUAAAAUCUGUAACAUACUGUCCUUUACAGAAAGAGAAGUAUUAAAGGGAACAGAUCUUAGGAUAUGACUUAAUUCAUGAAACUUGUAGAUAUAGAGAAUAAGGGCCAGUCACAUACUUCCUGAAAAUAUAUAUUAUAUAAUCUUUAUUAUAAGUAUCAGAUUGUUUGCUUACCUAUAUGAUUAUAAUAAUAAUGUGACUCCUUGCUCAAGAUAGGAGUGAAUAAACUCCAUAUUGUGUAGUCUCAUUCUGCUUGCUGUGUUAUGCUGAGUUAGGGGAAGCUCUUUGUUUUUUACAUGUAUAAUACUCAUUGUUACAAUAUUUAGCACAUAUACAUGUAUGGUGUUUAUUUUCUCAAUGAUUAAUUGCAAGACUAAAUUAAGGAAAUUUUGCAAGAAAUAAUAAAUUCCUUACAUUCUGUCACCCAUCUUUUAUGCUGUGUACUUUCUCUCAAAUGUGAUGCUAUUUUACUUUAUUUAUUAACUGUUUGCAGAAAGAAAAUAAUGUUUUUAUUUUCUAAUACAAAGUGCCUAAAUCAAGCAAAACUGGAGUAGAAAAUUUAAAAAAAAAAAAAGGAGAGCAUUUAAGCAGUAUUGUAUAUUCAUAUAGUUUUGUAGGAAGUGUAUAGUUUAAAUAUAUAUUGUGAAGUCUAGUGUACUCUGUGCUGUUGUACAAAGCUGACAGUUUAUUAUGUCUCCUACCACACAGUGAUGUGGGAGACAUAUUGAUUUACUCCUGUCUGUCAAAAAUCUUGUCCGCACUCUUAAGUCAAACAGUUCUCAUCCGUUCUUCACCAAACAUGAACCAAAUGUGUUUGACCAUAACUCCUUGGCUAAGUUCGAUAAUGAGCCAAAUCGCCCGAGGUACUUUGGAAUUAUGGCCCUUGCACAUAAUUACUGAUACACAGAUGUAGACCGGUCUGACUAUUCAGAUGAUUAGGCAGUCGUGGGAGACAUGCGCUUUUCGCAAAAGCACCUCUAGUUUGUAGAUUGUUUUAGUCAGAUAACAAAUUAUUUGUAUGUAUAAGGAUGUAAUAAUUGCUUGUGAUCAUGCAAUAAGAUAGAUAUGUAUCUCCUGUCUUAGGUAUGUUUUAGUAAGUGAACUGUUCAGUUUAAUAAAAUGGGAGUUUGGAGACUAAAUAUGAUAUUCGUAGCAUUUGAUUGGUUAUUUUUUAGCAAAAUCUUGAAAUUCACUAUUGGCAAGCCUUUAUGGUUGGGUUCUUUUCAAAACUCAAUGUUAUAUCCUUGCAAUUUUAUGUAAAAUUUAUUAAUUUGGGGUUACUAGCAAAAGUUUUAUGAUUAUACUUUUAAAGGUGUGAUUGAAAACUUGCUCUAGGUUUCAUGGAUGUAAAUAUACUAGCCUCGGAAUUCAGCUUUGUCAUUUGCCAAUUUAUAGACUGAGAUUAGCCAAUCAAAUUAUCAGUUGACAGGGUCUGCAAGCUUUUGUUACUGUUGAGGUAAGUUAAAUUGGUACCCAAGGUUUACUCAGCAGUAGGAGAUACUGUGUAUUACUAUGUUUGUUUUUUGGAAGAGCGGUAAGUUAGAUCAGUGAUGAAAUUGUAAAAAUGAUCAUAAUCAUGCUACUUAUAGCAAAAUUAGGAUUGUGAUUUUAUUAUGAAAUCUAUAAAGUACUAUUAUUUGGUAAAUUUUUAAGUUCUUUUAAGUACUUUUUUGUUGGUAAAUGGCUAUACUUUGGCACUUUAUUUGCACAUUGUGAAAUCAUUAAUAUUCGUGGGGGACUAAUUUUCGUGGAUUUUGUGGUUGACUAAAUCCACGAAAUUAAAUUCCAAUGAACAAGUAAAAUUCCUAUUCAUUUUAAGUUCAAAAGUUGAACUCCACGAAUUCAUAUCCCGACGAAAUUGCCAUUUUGACCUAAUGCCCACGAAAUUUAAUGAUUUUACAGUAUAUGCUAUGCAGUUCUUGAGCAGUUCUCGUGUGAGUUUUUGGGGCUUUAUAUUUACUGUUAUUGUUAGAAAUGGGUAAAUAUAUAAAUGAUUAUAUGGUUAUAACUUGCAGGUACCUUUGCGGAAAUUGAACAUUUAUAACUUUAGAUUUUACAGAGGUUGAAGUUUUCAAGACAUGUGCACGAGUGCCUGCCGGAAAAUUUCUGCUGAACUGUAUAAUUUAGCUGCUCAUUACAUGUAAAUCUGUUAAGUGAAGGUUUUACAGGUGCAUUGUAAAUCAAUUGUAAUAAUCUGAAUUUUGGCAGCUCAAACAUGUAGUGAAACAUAGAAUGAAAUGAUCUAUAACAUAUAGAGAUAGUACCUAAGUUUUUCAAAUCUAGGUUUGAAGUUAAAAAGCUUUGAAAUGAAGACAAAUGUCCAUAUAUUUCUCAAAAACAGAAAUAUAGACAAUAUUUUAACCAGAAGUGCGGAGUUAUGAGCAUUUAAUAUUUUCAUGAUAACGAAAAUUUUGUGAUCAAGGACAUGUAACUCUUCUUCAACAUGGAGAGCAUAAACAUCAAAGGGACAUAAUAUAGUCAAUAUUUUGUAAUUAGGUGCAUUUGAUUUAACAUUCAACUUUGAUCUGGAUUGCUAAAUACUGAUCCAUGAUACUGUGUGCUAAAAAUUUAGAACAUCUGGAACCGUCUAUUAACAGAAAAACUAUGCUUUAGCAGAAUCUAAAUAGUUAAGCUCUAACUGGGACUCGAACCCAGGACCUCUCACACCUAAGGCAGACACUCCACCACUUCCCUAUAACAGCAGUAGCUAAUAGCUAUGCAGUUUAAUUGCUGGAUUACAUUGCGUGAACUGGAACAAUAAUCAGUGAACUCCGAAUUAUCGGCGUAUUCGCUUUGUUUCCUAACGGCAUUUUUUGUGUAAAGAAAAAAUAUAAUCUAAUGCUGCCAACGUCAUAAUUGGUCAAAUCUGCCCAAAUUUCUCUGACGUGUUGUUCAGAGUAUGAACUUACUAACUGGCAGUACCAGUGAAAUAUUACUUACACUGAAUAUUUUAUAUUUGCCCUUUUUGCAGCUGCCGAAUGGCAAAGACGAUAAGAUUUGUCCAAAUAUAAGUAAUUAUUUUACCAGUUUUGGGAGAAUUUCAAUUAAUGGGAAAUUACAGUUACAAACUAAAUACCUUUCUGCAACACAUGGAGUCAUUAGCAUUCACUGUCAAUCAGUAUUAUGACUAAGAUCGAUUGUCAUCCAUUCAUUUCAAAGUUUCAUAGACAGAGUCCGUUGUUUACAUUUUUAUCGUAACCGGUGCACUUGUAAAAAUCACUUUAGUUUGAAAAAUCAAAGUAUGCGGAGAGCUAUGGUACGGUCUCUAUAACAUACAUACAGAAAUAUCAAUCAUCAGCUUCUGUUCUAACUUACUUUGUCUUCAGUUAAGUUUGAGUAAUUGUAGUCUUGUCAGAUAGUGUUGUCGGUCUUAAUUUCCACCCUGAUACCCAUUACUCUUAAAGUCUAAGUUUUUCUUUUAUAUUUCCUGUCAAAUACUUUUUUCCAUUUUGAUUAUUCUGUAUGCUAAGGUGAUUAUGCCCCUGUUAUACUGAAAAAGAAGGCCUACAAGUUUUGUAUUGGACACAUACAUCUAUUUUUCACAUGUACACUUAAAGCCACUAUGUACAGAUUCUUGAAUAUUUUUAAGCGUUAUUUGGAAUAUGCUGUUGUACAUUCACCUUUUGAAAAUGAGAAAAAAAUAAACUUCUGUUUGCCACCUUAAA